AUGACUAAAACAAAUCCUAAGAACGAACAAGCAAUUGGAAUUGAUCUGGGAACAACAAACUGUUGUGCGGCUUAUUACUCUAAAAAGCUUGUGAAUAUUGAGCAUGACUCAGUUAGAUUGCUUCCUUCAAUUAUUCUAUAUACUUCACCAUCAACACCUCUCGUUGGUGAAGUAAACCCAGAGCAAUUAUUGGAAAAUGAAAAUACAAUUAUCACUAACACAAAAAGGUUUAUUGGACUAAAGUUCACCGAUCCCAAAGUUAAAGAAAAUGCUCAGAAUUUACCUUUCGAACUUACUGAUCAUCAAGGUGGUGCAGCCUUCAAACUCACGUUUAGAAAUAAUGAAAUCAAAAUAGUUACCCCUAUAGAGGCUGCUGUUCAUCUUUUAACACAAAUUAAAAAAAAUGCCGAAGCUCAGCUUAAGGCAUCUGUCACUCAAGCAGUCGUUACUAUUCCUGCACACUUCAACUAUCAACAACGCGAAGAAACAAAAUUAGCAGCAACAACUGCUGGAUUCAAAGAUGUACAUCUUUUGACUGAACCUGUUGCAGCUGCUAUUGCUUACAAUUAUGAAACCGAUUUUGGUGAACCUAAAGACACAAAAAUGGAAACAAAUAUCCUUGUGUUUGAUUUAGGUGGUGGAACAUUUGACGUGUCUAUUCUCAGUGUUGUUGAUGAAGACUACACUGUGCUUUCCGAAGAAGGAAAUAUGCAUUUGGGGGGGUUGGAUUUUGACAAUCGCCUUUUCAACCACUUUAAAAAUGACAUUAUUAAGAAUCAUGAGUUUGAUGUUUCUGUUUCACCAACUGCAAAAUGGAGACUUCAUAAAGCUUGCGAAGAGUUGAAAAAAAGGUUGAGCAUAUCUGAAACAGCCUCAAUUUCUCUCAAAAGCUUUUCACCCACAGACUAUACCUUGACUAUAACACGUCGUGAUUUUGAAAUUUUGUGUCGAGAUUUAUUUGAAGAAACCAGAACCACAAUAACUAAUGCAAUUACUCAAGCCAAAUUGAAAAAUUCAAAUCUAAAUAUUACACGGGUUAUUUUAGUUGGUGGCUCUAGCUUGAUUCCUUAUUUCACAAAUGAAAUUUUGAGACCCAUGUUCCCACAAAGCAAAAUUUGCAAAGAUGUAUCCACCGAAGCUGCCGUUGCCUAUGGUGCAGCCCUAAGAGCAGCAACCUAUUAUGGAAAUUUAUCUGGAAAUUUACGCCAAAUUAACCUUAGGGAUGGAGAACGCGAUAUUGCCUCCAGAAACUUCUUUCUUGGGAUUCUUUUUCUUAAAAUUGAACCUAAACCCCGAGGUGAAGUUACUGUAGAUGUGACAUUUUCCAUUAAUGACGAAGGAAUUCUAACAGUGAAGGCACAAAUAUUGCCAUCAGGAGCAUCAAAAAAAAUUCGACUUGAGGGUGCAAGUCAAAUUUCUGAAGAAGAAAUCCAGCGCUUAAAAGACGAAGCUUUACAAGCAGCUGCUGAAGAUGAAAAGUCUAAGCAAUCAGCGGAAGCAAGAACCAAGUUGGAAGAUUUCAUUUAUAAAAAAAGACGGACUUUGAAAGAUGACAAAGAAGGCAAAGCUGCUAACGACAUACUGAAAGCUUCAGAAGAUAAAAUUAAAACAAACACCUUAAUGGCUAAUGAUUUGGAAAAGGAACUGGAAAAUUUGACGUUAGAUUUAGCUUCCCUUGGUCUUUAA